AUGGAAGGAAAAACCCCGCAGAUUAAGCCACUCCGUCUUUUGCGUCUUCCGUAUUUGGUUCUACGCAAAAUUUUGGUCGAUGCUGAUUGCGUCGACAUCUCCCUACUCAGCCGUCGAUGCUGCAACAUGGUCAGAUCGAUGAACAUCAAGGCGGAGAGCCUAAUCAUCCGCCAUCGUGAUAAUAGACAUGGAUUCACGCUGAAAUUCAAUGAAGAUGCCAUAAUUAAUUGGUGGUUCGAAGACGCAGCCAUCAGUGAAUUCUACUCGGUAGAAUUCGAUUGGGUUCACAAGAUUGGAGGGAUGGAGUUCGCGACAAAAGUGAACGCAAACAAUGAGAUGAGAUCUCUCUACGACUCCCGACUAAACCCUUCCGAUGGCUGCGCUGACUACGAGACAGCUAUCCAAACAUUCACGAAUGUCCUCCAGAAGGCAUUCCACGUAGACAUCACUGGAUACCAUAUGGACAGAAGGGGUGUCAUGGACUUCCCUGCGUUCUUUUUGAAUCGAGUUGUCCAGCAGGAAGUCAAGUAUUUCAAAUUUGGACCAAGUGAUGGGGAAUAUGGAGAUGAGUAUGAUGCGGAGUGCUUGGAUUGGAUGCUCUCUCACUUGUCGAUUGGGACGAAGAUGAUUGUGGAGAAAGGAGUGUUGCCGGAGGAGAUUAGGAUGGAUGGGAACCACUGCCUCCAACUCAACUGCUCCAUGAACUGGUUCACUGCCCAACAUCUCCGAAAUGCUCGAUUCCAAGAACUCACCAUAACUUAUUCAUUCUACAAAUUAAAGUCUUCUGACAUUGUCCAAUUGGUUUAUAACUGGCUACAUUCAACGGAAAGAACUACUCGAUAUUUUGAUAUGAGUUAUAGGAUACGACACGAACAUGAAUAUGACGAUUCGGAGAUACCGGCGAUGCAGAUGACUAAAUUUGAUGAGACGAGGGAUUUAAAUGAUUUUGUACCGACGCCACUACACGAUCUACUGAGAGGAGGAAAUCUGAGCGAUGAGGAUUACUCGAAUCUCGUGGAUUUUCAAAGAGCUGAUGGGCUGGAGGCAACUGCUCUGUGGUUUGAGGAAGGGUUGUUGAAUGGAAGAGUCAUUUUCAGUGUUUGGCAUGAGAAAUGA